AUACGAGAAAAGAUAAAUUAUAUGAAAAGGGUUUAAUUUUGGAUACGUAUUUAAAUAUGGUAUUUGGUAGGCUAGUAUUUCGAACGUUUUAAAAAAAAAUUCCCCACGUGUUCCUUUAUUCACCUAUGAUGACUAACUUUAAGUCAAGUCCGCAAAGUACAAACCCCAUCACAAGUUAAGAUUUUCUGUAACCAGAAGAAGCUUUUUUUUAUGUGUACACCAUUGGUCCAUUGGCUUCAUUAAAAAAACAAAUAUUACUUAUUUAUUGUCUUUGGCAUUUAUCAAACAUGAAAAAUGUCUAAUAAUUUAAAAUUCUUGUUACUUUUUUUUAAUCAUCACAUAAUUGUGUGUUUUAAUCCCGGAAUAUGUAAGACCAAACGAGACAAAGAGAACUUGAGUUUUUAUAAAAAGCCACAAAAAGUAUAAAAGUAAGAUAAAGUUAUUAUUUUGUGAGAACAAAAGGAGAAGAGAGAAGAAAGAGGUGGUGGGAGAUAGAGAGAGAGAGAGCAUGUGAAGAAGGUGGAGAUCUUUUUGAUAAUUUAAUCUCCUCCUCCGUCCUUUAAUUUCAGAUUGCGCCGGCGAUGGAGGUGGAAUCCUUAGCGAGGGAGAUGGAGACGGCGGUGCGUGUGGUGCACCUUGCUUCUUCUCUGUGUGUAAAAGUUCAGGAGAAGCUUCGUCUUCCUUCCUCCACUAACGGUAACGGUGGUGGCCACGUUAAGUCCAAGGAUGAUGAUUCCCCUGUCACCGUCGCAGAUUGGGGUGUUCAAGCGAUUGUGAGCUGGGUUUUAGCUGAGGUUUUUGGUACUCAGAACCUUUCUAUUGUCGCUGAAGAGGACACUGAUUCCCUCUCCAAGUCCGAGUCUUUAGGUCUUUUAGAUUCUGUCUCCAACGCGGUCAACGAAGCAUUGUCUGAAGCUCACAAAUACGGUCUUCCCAAGCCAGACAAGCCCUUGGGAUCGCAUGACAUUCUAAAGGCUAUUGGUCGUUGCAACUCCACUGGAGGUCCUAAGGGAAGACACUGGGUUCUUGAUCCCGUCGAUGGGACGUUAGGAUUUGUUCGUGGCGAUCAGUACGCUGUUGCUUUGGCUCUGAUAGAGGACGGUAAGGUUCUGUUGGGAGUACUAGGAUGUCCUAACUAUCCGGUCAAGAAAGAGGGCUUACGUAACGGUUGUAACCAAUCUGGAGCUGGAUCAGUCUCGAAAGGGUGUGUCAUGUAUGCAAAGAGAGGUAGUGGUCAAGCCUGGAUGCAGCCGUUGAUCCCUGGUGGAUAUCCGGAAUCUGCAACGCUUCUUAAGGCUUCGAAAGUUGAUGAUCCGGUUUUAGCUACGGUUUGUGAGCCAGUGGAGAGAGCAAACUCUAACCACUUGUUCACCGCAGGACUUGCCAAUAGCAUGGGAGUUAGGAAACAGCCUAUGAGAGUGUACAGCAUGGUGAAGUAUGCAGCGAUUGCAUGUGGAGACGCUGAAGUGUUCAUGAAGUUUGCGCAGUCGAGUUACAAGGAGAAGAUAUGGGAUCACGCAGCUGGAGUUGUGAUUGUGGAAGAAGCUGGUGGUGUGGUGAGUGAUGCGGGCGGGAGAAAGUUAGACUUCUCAAAAGGAGUUUACUUGGAAGGUCUUGACAGAGGAAUCAUAGCGUGUUCUAAUACGGUUUUGCAUGAUAAGAUUAUAGGUGCUGUUUAUGCUAGUUGGGAAUCUUCUAGUCUCUGAAUAAGCUUUAGCCACGUUCCUCAGUUUGCUGCAGAAUCAUCUAGCCUACGUUUUUAAAGCAAAUGUAAAGAAGAAACUGAUCUCCUUUUCAAGAUCCUGAACAGUUUUCACUUUGGUUUACCUUCAUCAUUGCUUCCACUGGUUCUGAUUUUACAGCUUGUAGAACACAAGGGUCUGUAAGAGACAGACAUUUUCUCAAGUGUUGACUUAUAGUGUAUACCUUAAAUUUUAAAAUCUAUUAGUUGUAAUAUUUUAAACAUGAUC